CUGGAUUGUUGUCAUUCAUCUCGUGACUAAGGGGGAGGAGUCUAGUUGGCACCGGAGACACCACGUCGCCAGAGUGGAGAGGAAACCACGCCUCCUAUACAUGCCAUGCACGCAAUCUGUCUUGCAUUUACGAGAUAUUACAUUGACAUUAAUUUUUUACGUUGGUUUUCACUGCGAUGUAAAGACGAAAAUUGAUAUAAUUUUUAAGAAAAGUUCUGUUCGGCCAUUUUGAAAAAUAUCUUUCUUUUGGAGUUAAAGAAGUUGAAGAAAGUUCUCUGCAAUGAUUGGACAAUACAAAAGUUGUUUAUAUGUGGAAGAAACAUGACAAAGACAUCCUCUAUACCUAGUCGAUCUGCCGAAGAAAAGAAAAUUUUACAGUCUCGAACCUACGAUUAUCUGAUUGCAACCCAUGAUUAUGAGUCCAAAAAAGAACUAACUAUCCGUUCCGCAAGGCAUUUUUGGCCCUGACAUCUUCUAACCGUCUUGAAUAAUGUAUUUACAAUUCUAGUAAAACAACUUUAAAAAAAGGGGAAAAAAUAAAAUAUAAACAACUCAUGCACUAAGCCUAUAGGCAAAAUAUGAAAUAAGAGAGAUGCUAUACCAAACUGAUCUGGAAAUACAAGGGACAGUUCAGAAGACGGGAGAUGAGUGGGAGAAAUUUAUGACAGUGUAUAUGAUGGCAAUUUUUUUUUAUUUUCCGGAAAUAAUUGUGUCGUACGAGUAGGAGGAGCAUCCAUUCCCAGGAAUAUCAAGUAGUUCUAUUGGUCAUAAGGAAAAACAUUUGCAGCAGAUGAUUGGUUAAUGCUCGAAGUAUCACUCCUAGUGGAGACCUGGACUGCAUGAUCCGUUGACUAUCGAAUGUCUUCUUAUGAGACAAGAGUUGAGUUUUAAAAUCUUUCUGGCAUCUACAUUAUUUUUAAUUUUCUAUAAAACAAGAAUUAAAGAUUUAUAGUGACGAAUCCAAAGUGAGCUAAGCGAAUCGUUCAUCCAUUAGUCCACCUCUACAUGAUACCCGGUUGACGACGGAAAGCGGGGAAGCCGAGGAUGAUGAACGGUGCCCUAUACGAGGAAACGUCGAACAGCCGUUCUAGUGUAGACGCCUUGCCUCCACCACCGCCGCCAGCAGCGAGUCAACCGGCUCUCCAGACUGGACCACUUCACAUACCAGCCAAGAGAGUAACUACUACCAGCCUGGCUGUAACGUACGGGCAUCCAGAGUGCGGCGGAGCCGACACCGCUGCCGGGGUCAUACGGCACGGACAUGGAACUCAACCGUGGGGCUACCCGGCUCCGGAUAAUCAUCCCGCUGCUACUUUCGACAGCUAUACGCAAUACAACCAGACUUUGUGCAAUGUGAGGGACACAAUGCCACCAAGUUACUACUAUAACGAACACGCGGCUGCUGCUGCAGCGCGAGUCGCAGCCGAAAGAAAACCUCCACCUUUGAAAUUUUGGUCGAACACUUAUGACAUCCCUUCUGCCGGACCAAGUGCCGUUAAUCCGGCGGACACGUGCCAGACAUUUGCACCGCAGACGUGGUGUAACUACACUCCGUAUUCGGGUAGAGUGCACGGUCACAUGGAACCGCACGCACCGCAAUCCGUCACGUAUUUCACCGGGGACGAUCGCGCUAGGGCACCGAUGGAUGGGUUUCCGCACUCCGAUGGAUAUACACUACGUACAUUUGCGGGGACAGAGACCCAUGCCCCAGCGCCAUACGUUCCUGCUUGUACAGUUGCCCUAGAGAACUGUUACCUAUUUGAUUGGGAGAGAAUCGCUCUUACUGCACUAGCGCCAAUAGGCGGUUUGUUUGUGAACUACAAGAAUUCGGCAGAGUACUCCACUACUGAUUUUUGUUGCUUCGACAGUAAAAAGUCGUUAAAAGCAUCUGAUUCAGUGACAACUAAUCCACUGGAAUGGACGGGUAAUGUGACAGUGAGAAAGAAACGCAAGCCCUACUCCAAGUUCCAGACAUUAGAACUUGAAAAGGAGUUCCUGUUUAAUGCAUAUGUUUCAAAACAAAAGCGUUGGGAACUGGCACGCAAUCUUAAUCUCACCGAAAGGCAAGUUAAGAUUUGGUUUCAGAAUAGGAGGAUGAAAAGCAAGAAAAGUUCUCAAAGAAAUUCUGAAAAUAAUCAGAAUAAUCAUAACACGGGAUCAGGUCAAGCAACUAAUGCUAAGUGACAUAUACGUAUUGUCACUAAAAGGCAACCUAUGCUGUCCAGAAGAAAAGACAAUAUAUUAUAUACUGUAUGUGUGUAUGCAAACUAUUACAGUGCAGAAUAAUUACUGUACGUAAUGCAAACUCAGAGAAAUAUAAAUAAUAAUAAUAAAAAAAAUAAUAAUAAUUAAAUUUAAAAUACAGCACCUGCAUCUAGAACCGUUAUGGAAAGGAAAAAAUAUAAAAGAUAUCUUGGGUCAACGAGUAAGUAUGAGAUUCUAUUGAGGACAGAAAAUUAAUCCAGUGAACAGUAUACAUGCAAAUUACAUGUUGUGUCUCAUUGAUUAAAGAUUGCUCCGUCGAUCUUUAUGACCAUAAAAAAGCGAUAGCAAAUUUAGAACGGAAUUUGUGAAGUUUUGUGUUUCGUCGUUUUGUCCAUAUUGCCAAAGUCUCCAUUCACUAAUUUGUACACUUGGACCCAUAUAAAUUAGUAAAUUUGUGGACUGCAAUUGGUUUUUGAAUACGCGUAUUAAUUGUCAUUGGAUAAGAUUAUUAUUCUUAAUCUAAUAUUCUAUGACAAUUUGUAAAAAUGUCCAAAUGAUCCUUUAAGAAAAUCUUAUAAUUGGAGUAAGAUUAAUUUUUAAAAUGGAAAAAAGUAUGUAUUAAAUACUUAUAAAUUUAAAAUUUCCAAUUAAUAAAUUAAAUUAAUUUUGACAAAAUAUAUUUAAAAGUUUUAUAUUAAUGAAGAAUUGGCGUAAAAUAUAAACAUUCAAUAAUUUACAAUAUAAUGAAAUUUACAGUAUGGGCAAAGUAAAUCUUUGGCAUAGAAAAUGAAGACUAAUGAAAAUCUCAAUUAAGUAUACCUUAAAUUCCCUCUUAACUAGUAAUUUAAUAUUUCAAAACUCAUUGGAUUAAAAAAAAACAACCAAUCGUUCGUUCAAUGUUAGCUUAAUUUUUCGUUUAAAAAAAAUACCUCAUUUUUUGAAUCAAUUCAUUUGAAUAUUAGUCACUAAUGUUGCUGCCAACUGUAUAGCUUCUUUAAAAAAUACCAAAGAGUUCAAAAUUUUCAAACGGUAACAUCUGUCAUCAAGCAAAUAUAUUUAUAUACCAUUGUUGUAGUAACUCCACGUCGCGAAAAAAUAAAAUAAAAUAAAAAAUAAACCAUAUAUGCAUAACGUAGGGUUCUUUUAAUUGCUGUUAUUGGGCCACGGAGAGAAUUUCUCUAUUAAGAAAACAGUAUUGAAAAUUAACAUCCGAAAGUCCAAGGAAAUACUUUUCAAUAACUGGUACCUGAUCAUUUGAAAUUUUUGAUUUUAAAAUAAUACAGGGGCAGGCAUACAAGGAUAUCUAAGAGUAUGUAAAUAGAAGUGAUGAUACUGAAUUUAAGAAAUUGUUUAUUUUAACAAGAUAAAAAAAAUCAGUUUUAAAUAGAAAAAAAGAGCAAAUAACUGUCAUUUCGGCUCUAUUUGUGGCACAGUCAAAACAAAACUUUGUAUAGGCUAAAAAAAAAGAUAUAUUUUUUUUGUUAAGAAUUAAAUUUAACUGUUGAAUAUGUUUAUUAAAUAUAGAAAAAAUUUCAUUCUGCAUAAGUUAUAUUACUUAAAAGUGAAAUAACUUUUUAGAAUUACGAUGGUUGUUAUUGGUUUUAUUUUUUCUCCUCUCUUAUAAAUUCAUAUGUAAACAAGAAAUCUUCAAACUGUCAUAUAUGAUUAUACUAAUUAUUUUAAACAUAGAUAAUAUGGCUUUUGAAAAGGACGAUCUCCUCUUUUGA